CUUGCUGGUGUCGGCUCGGAGAGACGUGGGGACGUUUGCUUCUCCUGUGAAAGAGUGAAAAAUCAGGUCUGGCUUAUCUGGACUCUGUACUUCUCCAACAGAGAAGUCUUGAAAAGGACUGACCGGUUCUUGCAGUUGGAAACAAUGGCCCAUAUCCUGCUUGUUCACCCUAUUCCUGAGUGCAACCCCUGUGUGGCCCUGCAUGACGUGUGGUGUCUUCCUCUCCCGGGCUGGUUCAGUGACAUUCAGAGAUGUGGCCAUAGACUUCUCACAGGAAGAAUGGGAAUUCCUGGACUCAGCUCAGAGGGACUUAUAUAAGGAUGUCAUGUGGGAGAAUUAUAGCAACUUCAUCUCACUAGCAGGACCUUCCAUUUCUAAACCAGAUGUGAUUACCUUAUUGGAUGAAGGGAAGGAGCCCUGGAUGGUUGUAAGGGAAAGGACAAGAAGACAUCACCCUGACUUGGAGUCCAGAUACAGGACCAAUACUUUAUCUCCAGAAAAGGACAUUUAUGAAAUAUAUUCAUUCCAGUGGGAGAUAAUGGAAAGAAUUAAAAGCUAUGGCCUUCAGGACUCCAUUUUUAGAAAUGAUUGGGAAUGCAAAAGCAAGAUUGAGGGGCAAAAGGAACCACAAGAGGGAUAUUUUGGGCAAGUGAAAAUUGCUUCUGAAAAAAUGUCCACUUACAAAAGGCAUAAUCUUCUUGCUGAGUAUCAGAGAAUUCAUAAUGGAGAAAAGUUAUAUGAAUGUAAGGAAUGUAGGAAGACUUUUAUUCGUCGCUCAACACUUAGUCAACACCUGAGAAUUCAUACUGGUGAAAAACCUUACAAAUGUAAAGAAUGUGGGCAGGCCUUUAGACAGCGUGCACACCUUAUUAGACAUCACAAACUUCAUACUGGUGAGAAACCCUAUGAAUGUAAGGAAUGUGGGAAGGCCUUUACAGUCCUCCAAGAACUUACUCAACAUCAGAGACUUCAUACUGGUGAAAAGCCCUAUGAAUGUAAGGAAUGUGGAAAGGCCUUUAGAGUACAUCAGCAGCUUGCUCGACAUCAGAGAAUUCACACUGGUGAGAAGCCCUAUGAAUGUAAGGCAUGUGGGAAGACUUUUAGGCAGUGUACACACCUUACUCGACAUCAGAGACUUCAUACUUCUGAGAAGCUCUAUGAGUGUAAGGAAUGUGGGAAGGCCUUCGUAUGUGGUCCAGACCUUAGAAUACAUCAGAAAAUUCAUUUUGGGGAGAAACCCUAUGAAUGUAAGGAAUGUGGAAAGGCUUUUAGAAUAUGCCAACAGCUUACUGUCCAUCAGAGUAUUCAUACUGGUGAGAAACCCUAUGAAUGUAAAGAAUGUGGGAAGACUUUUAGAUUAAGGCAACAACUUGUUCGCCAUCAGAGAAUUCAUACUCGUGAGAAACCCUAUGAAUGUAUGGAAUGUUGGAAGACCUUUAGUAGUUACUCACAACUUAUUUCCCAUCAGAGCAUUCAUAUUGGUGAGAGACCUUAUGAAUGUGAAGAAUGUGGGAAGGCCUUUAGACUACUCUCACAACUUACUCAACAUCAGAGUAUUCAUACUGGUGAGAAACCUUAUGAAUGUAAGGAAUGUAGAAAGCCUUUUAGAUUGCUCUCACAGCUUACUCAACAUCAGAGUAUUCAUACUGGAGAGAAACCUUAUGAAUGUAAGGAAUGUGGUAAAGCUUUUAGACUUUAUUCUUUUCUUACUCAACACCAGAGAAUUCAUACUGGUGAGAAACCCUACAAAUGUAAGGAAUGUAAGAAGGCCUUUAGACAACAUUCACACCUUACUCAACAUCAGAAAAUUCAUAAUGGAAUUUAAUACAAGAAGGCUUUCAAAUGUACAUUAUGUUACAGAACAUCAGAAAAUUCAUUUUUGAGAAAAUUUAUUUCAUGCUCAUAACUAAGCAUUAAAAAGUUUAUAUUUCAGAAAAAAUUGUUGCUUUAAAACCUUCCACCACCAUUCAAACAUUGUUUAUCUUCAGCAAAUUUAUAUGAGGAAAUAGUAUAAUGAAUGCAGGAAAAUCUUUAGCCUUAUCUCUCAUUAUUGCCAUUUCACCCCUUUAUUACCAGUGUGUUAUUAGAUAAGGUACUUAAAUUUCUGUGCCUCAUUUUGCUCACUUGUAAAAUGGUGAUAGUAGUACUUAUGUAUAUUAGUUAUUUAUUGCUGUGUAAUAAAUUACCACAAACUUAGUAGCUUAAAAUAAUACACAUUAUCUCAGUUUCUGUGGGUCAGGAGUCUAGGCAUAACUUAGUUGGGUCCUCUGCUUCAGGGCCUCUCACAAGGCUAAAAUCAAGAUUUCAACCAUGGCUGAGUCUCAUCGGAAGGCUCAGCUGGGGAAUGGAUCCACUUCCAACCUCAUGUGCUUGUUGACCAAAUUAAUUCACUGAGGGCUGUUGUGCUGAGGUCCUCAGUUUCUAGCUGGCUGUUGGCUAAAGGCUGACUUCAGUUCCUUGCUACAUUGGCCUCUUCAAGGUGGCUGCUUACUUCUUCAGAGUGUGCAAGCCAAGGAAGCAAGAGGCUGCUAGCAUCAAAGAAGCUAUCAUCUUGUGUAAUCUAAUCAUUGAAAUGACAUUAUUUCAUCGCCUUUGCUAUCUUCUUUUGGUUAGAAGCAAGGAACUAGGCCAUCCUACACUCAAGGGAACAGGCUUACACAAGAGUAUGAAUACCAGGAGGAAGGGACUACUGGGGCCAAUUCAGAGUCAGCCUGCUACAUCAUGUAAUAGAAUUGUUGUGAGGAGUGAGUAGUUAAUACUUGGAAAAAUAGCAGCCACAAAGCAUGUUUUCUGUAAAUAUUACCUAUAGUUGUUAUUAACAUCAUUAGUAUUAGUGAAUUCAUAUGAAAGGAAUAUCCUAUAGAAGUAAUAAAUGUAGAAAUGCCUCCUGUCACUGCUCAGCACUUACUAAACUUAAGAUAAUUUAUUCUGGAUAAAAUCUAGGAGGUUAUAUUGAAUGUGAGAAGUUCUUCAUCACUUGAGCUGCAUCCAAAAUUUCAUGCUGAAAAGAAACCUUAUGAAUUUCAUGAAUAUGAGGUUGUUAAGAGUACAACUAUUAGAAGAAUCAAAGAGAAAUAUGAAAUUAUUUUCCCAUAAUAAAUUCCAAAGAGUAAAUGUUUUAUAAUCCCUCAUCUCUGACCACCAUUCAAUUAAUUAGAAAUUAUCAAAAAGGUGGCAUAAAGGAACUAACCACUUGGAAAUUUAAUUGUGUGUGUGUGUGUAUGAUGCUCUUGUAUAAAAGAAAGAAAACAUUCUAUUACAGUCAAUAUACUUUUUGAUGCUCAAAUUGCCCCAUCUUCAGCCAGUGGGAGUUGGGUCUUUUCACAUGACCCCAAUAGCAGUUUGAUAGUUUACUCAGUUAUGGCUGUUAUGGAAAAUGCUUGGGAACCAACUCAUCAUUCUGAAAACCAAUAAAUAAAGGGAAAAAUAAGUAUUUAUUUUGCUUUUCCCAUGUGAAUCAACAUUCAGAGUCACCCAAAGCUCAUCAAAUUAAAUUUUUUUUUAAUUUAAGAAAUCUCACCAGUAAAUACAGAAAAAUUGAUAGGAUUAGAAAAAUUUUCUAGUUCCUAAUGGAAUAAUGGGUCCAGAAAAUGAUCUUCAGUGGAUAUUAAAACUAUUUGGGAAAAAGUUUAUAGUGAGAACGUUAUAUUGGAUUUAUCAAGCUGACCACCUCUGAGCCCUUUAUUCAAUUUUAACCUCUAUAAAGGUGGGACUAUCAGACAAUAGGCACCUCCUGAUACAAUGCAAUUAGGAAGUACAUACCACUACCUAUGAAGUCUUAUUGCCAAAAUAAUGAACUGAAGGAAUCAAACCUUCAAAUCAAAAAAAAUUUUAAAGCCAAUAAUUUGGGAAAUAGAUGAAAAAGUAAAUGGCACCGCAAGGAAGCAGCCAAGCAGAUCCAGAAUGUGUAAAAUUCUACAAAACAAAUGACCUGAUUUCUUCAACUAAUGAGUGGCAGGAAAAAGAAAAGAAGGGCACUGUUAACAGAUUUAAAAAGACAAGAGGCAUAUCAACUAAAUUCAAUAUGUGGGUAUUAUUUGGACCCAGAUUGAACAAAAUGUAAAACAACAUUUUGGAGACUGGGGGUAAUGUGGAUAUGCACUGAGUAUUAAAUGAUUUUUAGAAAUAUUAGUUUUGUUAAGGAUGAUAAUGUCAAUGUGGUUAUUAAAAGAGAACAUCCUAUGUGUUAGAGAUACAUAUAUAUGAAAUAAGAUACUCAGAUUUGCAUUAAAAUAACUCCAGCAAAAGAAAAAGAAAGUAGCAAAUUGGCAAAGAGCUAGAAAGUAGAUUAGCAAAAUGUUGAUAAUUACUGAAGUAGAGUGGCUGUUUAUGGAGGAUUCAUUGUUCUAACAUUUUAACUUUUUUAUGUAUUUGAAAUAAUAAAAUAUUUAAAAUCAAAGCUGAAAUUAUACACUACUUAAGAAAUGAUUGUUAAUGAGAUGCCUGCAUAUCUAAAUUUGUCAGAUGUAACCAAAGUUCUAUUCAGUGAGAAAUGUGUGACCCUGAAUGCAUUAAGGAAACUUCGUUUGUGGACCCAGUCUUCAUCUUCUUCACUUACCUGCAGCAAUCAGUGCUGGGCCUGUCACGUAGAUAAAUGUAUUAAAGGAAUGAAUAAGCAUUUAUGUCAAGAAACAAGAAACAGAACAAAGUAAAACCAACACAAGAGAAGCAAAGUACAAUUGAAAGUAGAAAUUAAGAGAUUAGACACUAGCAGACUUCCAAUGUUAAUGACUGUAUCUUGGCAGGUCUAAUCAAGGAAAAGAAAAUGAAAUAUAAACAUUCAGCAUUAAUGAUGAUAAAAGUGAUUACAGAUUAUCAAUAAAUUUUCCUUUUAAUUAUAAGGUAACACUGUAUGUACUAUAUAUAUUCCAAUGUGUGUAAAAAUAUAGAGGGAUUACAUUUUCUUCUCUAAGUAUGUUAUCACAAUUGACUGUGCUCUAGAACCCACAGACCAACAAAUAAAUGUGUCUGUGUAUGAAGUUCCUGUUUAAGGAAAAAUUGUGAUAGUUGUGUAGGUAAAAACCUUAAGAAUAGAUAAUCCUUACCAAGAUUUUACCAAUUAAUUUUACACAGGUGAAAUAAUCUGAUACAAAACUAGAUGAAGAUAAGGAGCAAAAUCUAGACCAGCUUCACUUAUGAAAAUUCUAUUCUUCAUAAUUCUAAAUAGUUAUAUUUAGAAUUUCUUACAAAAUCAGUCUUCACUAAUAGGCCAGUGUUUUGCCUUUCCCAAGUACAAAGUAUCUCCAGAAGACCAGUGUUUAACCAACAUUCUCCACAAGUUUGUUUCAAGGAAUACUAGUCCUUGAUGAUAUUUGAAAAAAGGUAUCUUGGGAAAAAGUGUAAAUGAAACGAAGGAUAAAGUAUCUACUUCUGGGGGAAAUCCAAGUACACGUUAUCAGCUUGUCGAAAGAUGUAUUAAAGAAAUUUUCAUUUAACAUAGUGUAUCUCAAAUUUACUUCAUUGUGCACUUCUCACUCCAAAUACCUUUUAACACCUUUAGAAUGUGAACCACUUUGGUAGAUGCUACCAUAACCACAAUGAAUGUCUUCAAGGAUGUCAUUUCAGACGUGAACUACCAGGACUGAUGGAGUAAGAUCCAGACUCACAUUGAUGUGACCCAAGAUAAGUAUACACCACACAAGUUCAAAAUGGACCCACGGACUCCUUGGAAUAUCACAUAACUUCAUAUACUGAAUCUAUCAUAUCUCCUAUCAUAUUCCCAGUCAAAAAGAAUCUCAAAGCUAAAGAUAUGGGCAAACACUGAGAGUGCAACAAGUCAGUGUCAAUUACCUUCUUGUUUAUCUGGAAAACCCAAGUUUUCCAUGCAACAUGGAAUCUCACUUAAUGACUCACCUCCACUUCAACAAAGCACAGCUCUAACAAGGGAGGUACAAAAUUUUCAGCAAGGGUUGAUUUUCCCAUUCCAUCAGUACUCCUGGUGGAAGGAUAAGCACUCAUGGAAUGCUAAGGGGUUUUCUGAAUAAAUAGCUAAACAUCUGUUGGAGAACAGAGAGACACUUAUGGGACAGCAGCCUUUGGUAGCAUCACUCAUUGGAAUAGGAAGAAGUGGGGAACAAGUCCCUUGGAAAGGCUCAGGGAGGCAGGCAGUUUCAGGAAAAAGAAAUCCACUGUUCAAAUCUUCCAGAAUAAAAAAUGCUUUCAAUGAAGGAGAGAAUAAACAUCAAUUCAUAUAAACAAUGGCUUUUAGGGUUGCAAAACCAGAUCAUUUAUAUCCUGGGCUCAUCUAACAGAAAAGCAAGCUUAAAAAGGCAAAGGAAGAAGAAGCAAGAGCAGCCCUGAGUUACCAGACUGACCUCAGAGUUCCCAAAGGACUGAAAAUGAAUUUUCCUCUCUCCUCCUCUGUUCCUAUCUUCCUGCUUUUGGCAACCCAGUGAGUACACACACACACACAGAGUCUCUUUCUCUUUCUUGAUUUGAAGGAGAAUAACAAACCUUUGCUUUCCCUGAAUCCCAGGGAAUCCAACUGUCCAUAAUGUAUUCAGAAGAAAUAACCUUCCCACUGUCAGGAGCUCAUCUGAGCCCAGAAGUGCCUGCUCUAACCUGCCCUGGGUUGACCCUUGUUCUACCUGAAAGACACUGAGCUCCUCAGCCAUGGAGGCAUCUCAACGACAUGACGGCACCCUCAGGCCCAGGAGCACAGGAUAUUUAGGAAGGCCCAGCCCUGGACGGUUUCUGCGACAGAGGUCUCCAGCCUCCUCCAGGCCUAAGACUCAGGUACCUCCUUGGCUUUGUUCCCAUAACCCAGAACUAGGGCCCUUAGAACCCAAACUGGAACCUCUUUCCACAAAGACCCUAUCCAGAAUCACCAGUACUGAGCCAGUACAUGAAACCGUAAUUCUCAGAAUCCUUGUGGCCAAGUACAUUCUGGUUCCCAACCAAGAUCACCCAUGGCUUUCCUGCCUGACAUUAUUCCUUCUCACCCCACCCUCAGCCUUCCUGUUGAUAGGCAGUGUUCACUGCAUCUCAAGCACAAUUAUUGCGCAUUAAGCACUUUAAGUUCCUGGUGCCUUGUAUGUAUUAAUCCUCCGGAGAGGCCUAUGAAUCUUAACUCAAAGGAAACUUUAGGUUAGAGAAGUGAAGUCAUUUACUCAAAUCUGCAGUAAGCAAUGGCAUUGCUGGGCUUUAGAUCUAGAUUUCUCCAAUUCUAUAGCUGAAUGCCUUCCACUUCUGACUCUUGCAGAUGCAGUCAGGGAUUUCCUGAUCCUUUGCAAGAACCCUGAGCUGGACUCUGCACUUAGGGAAGCAGAAAAUGCUUGGUCUGCUCUGUCUGUCACUGCUGAGCACAGCACUCUAUGAGGGAAAAUCAAAGGUAGAAGUGAAAGGAGGAAAGAAGCAGUUCUGCAAACAAAAUUCCUUUAUCCAAAAAUUUCAACCAAAAUCCCCCAUGACUCUGGCUCUGUGUGGGCACUGGGGACAUGAUGAGUCUGACCCAGCACUUGUCCUUAAAAAGCUCAGAAUCAGGGAGAAAAACAGAAAAAUAGAGACAAUCACCGGACAUCAAGCUCUGUGGGGGACUGGAUACCACGACCAAAUCGCCAGCUGAAAAACAAUGUACUGAGUAUUAAAAAGAUUUUAACGGAAUGUAAUGAUGAACUGGCAAAGACGGAAAAUAAUCCCGAGAGGCUAAAACUAAGUCAAAAUGGGAACCAAGAGGAGUGUGCUGAGUCACUGAUGCUUAUUUUACCAGAGAACCUCUGCUGAGCCCAGAUGACCAUAAGCUUUGAUACUCAUGACCUUAAAGGGUAGGGAGAUAGGAGAUCAAGCCUACAGCUGGCCCAGAUGGGAGUCCAAUUGGUUCUGCACUGCAAAGACCUGGGACCUCUAGGACCAGGCCCUCAGAGUAAGGGAAAAGUAGAAGCAGCACUCCCAUUCUCAGGGGCUACAAGGAAAACUGUCUGACUUGAACUCUGGCUGCUGGUGGAAGGAAAAUAUUCUCCCCUGAGGAACUGUAACCACAAAUUAGCUCUCACACAGGUCUCAGCUCACAUUCCUAUUACUAAAGUGAAUCUAAAAAACCUACCAUCUAUGUAUGAAUCUACUUUAACGUGGUUCUGGUUUGGCAGUGCUCCUGGAAGAAGCAAGCCCAGAUGUGUCCUACAAGAACAACCUUCAUCCAGACCUCAAGAAUCCACGGGUAGAAUUCCAAGGAAAAUGACCAAAGAGUCAAAAAUAAUAAAACAACACAACAUUGUGAAUGAACUAAAUGCCACUGUACUGUACACUUUAAAAUGAUUAAUUGUAUGUUAUGUGAAUUUCACCUAAAUAAAAAAUUA